CGUCGCACACGCAGGCGCACGCCCAGCUCCACGCCCCAGCUCCCGCUCUUCGCCAGCUCUCAGGCACCGCCAUGAUGCGCCCGGCUGCCGCGCCCUGGAGGUCCCUUGCCCACCGCACGUCGCCUGCGACUGCGCGGCGAGGCAUCAACAUGACGGCGACAACCUCCUCCUCCGAACCGCCGCCCGACUCGCUCGCCGUCGCAUCGCCAGAUGCUCGCUUCGACGUCGUCGGCUCGCCCUUCUCCCUCCUCUCCGUCUCGCUGGCCGCCUCGCAGACGCUGUACACGCGCCGCGGAACCCUCGUCAGUCUGAGCGGCAACCCCGAAAACGUCGUCUCGACCCUCUCCUCCCUCGAGCCCUUCCGUCGCGCGCCCGUCGGCAUCCCCUUCCUCUACCAGAAGGUCUCGGCCACCAGCCCCGUCACCGCCCUCGUCUCGACAAAGUCGCCCAUCUCCAGCAUAGUCUCGGUCAAUCUCGAUGGCCGCCAGGACUGGGUCAUCAGUCAGAGACAGGCCCUGCUUGCCUGGACCGGCCAUACGCUCAGCCUGAAGCCGCAGUACAACCUGAAGCUAGGCUUGGCGCAUUGGGGCAACACGUACAUCACAGGCCGUGGCUUGCUGGCUCUCGCAGGCAGUGGGCAGAUCUACCAGGUCCACAUCAAGGCUGGAGAGGACUACAUUGCACAUCCCAGCAAUGUCGUCGCAUACACAGCCUCCACCACCCCACCCCUGCCCUUCCGCUUCAAGUCGUCGAACCUCCGCUUCCAGAUUCCCGAUCUUGGUAUCGGGUCCCUUACACAGAAUGUCAAGUUCUUCAGAGUCAUGGGCGAGACGGCGACAUGGCGGACAAUGGCGACAGUAUACCACACAGUGAAAACAUGGCUGCGGCGGACGGUAUGGGGCGAUCGGUUGUUUCUCCGAUUUGAGGGCCCAGCAACCAUGCUCCUACAGUCGCGUGCCUCGCGUCUCAGCGACAGCCUUACCCUGAGAGACGUCAACGAGAUUGCCGAGAGCCCGCCCGGUACCGUGCAAGACGCUGUCACGCGCAAGAUCAAGGACGAGAUCAAACAAAUUGCCACAGGCUCUAGUCCCACAACUCCACAAGUUCCACAGAGCUCAGAAGGGACCGUCAAGUAUGCAACCAUUCGGAGUGGCAAGGCAGAGUUCGAAAAAGAGAAGCCGUCUGCUUGAGACGGAUGUACGAUUAUGUAAUAUGAG